GCAAUUUGGUGGGAAUAUUACCAGUGUCAAACAGUAUUCGAGGAUAAGUUUUACUUUGUAGAAUAAUUAUUACUGAUAUUUAUAUACAUUUAUUUAUAAAUAUUAAAUAAUUAUUACUGAUAUUGUAAGCAGAUAUUAAGAAGAAAAAACUAAAGAGCAAGACAAAAUGUAGUACAUACACACGAACGUAAAAGAUAGCGAACUUUAUGUUUUGGAUUUAUGGGGAAAUAGAAAAAUUGGAUAGAUUUCGGAGAAACCUACAAAUUGCCAGUCUACUAACAACCUGGAACAUCAAAUAUUAAGCAUGGAGGCAAUUUUAGACGCUAAAUUAAUUUCUCUGGUUAUAGUACUAUUGAUUUCGUUAAUAUUAGGGAAUCUUCCAUAUUUGAUUAUUAAGCGUAGAAAGAGAGUCCAGGGUCUUGGGAGACGAGGGGACAUAAUCUUAUCUGUGUUUAAUGCCUUCUCUGGGGGUGUAUUUCUAGGAACAUCUCUACUCCAUCUAAUGGAUGAAGGCAGAGAGGAACUCGAGGAAGCUUUCAAACUGUACGAUCUAGUGGAUAUGAAAUAUCCUUUGUUCGAUGUAAUCGUCGCUGUGGGAUUUUUUGCCAUCGUAUUAGUGGAUUUUGUUGCCGAGCUAUGUUUGCAUGAAUCGACUAGCAUCACUUUGGAAGUCGAAAACCGUAAGUCAAAUGCAACAGUAACCGCUCCAGACGGAGAGGUAAACGGAGCUUUUGUGGAUCCAAAUACACAUCUGUCCGUGAGUACACUAUCGUGUGUUGGUAUUACUGAAAACCAAUCUAAGCACCCCGUAGUUUUUCGCCCUCCUGAAUCAAAAGGGGUAACUCUCACUAAUCAUACGUACAAUGGUGAUGCUAUCAUAUACAGUGAUAACAACAGCAGUGAUAAUCAUAGAGCUCCUUCAAUAACAGAUGAAGUCGCCAGAUCUAACGUUACAAACAAUCUCCACCAUGCUCAUAUUGACCAGUUAACUAAAACAUCCACCGUACGUGCAGUUUUGUUGCUGAUCGCAUUGUCCUUCCAUACAAUUUUUGACGGUCUGGCAAUUGGUCUUCAAGACAUGGAUACCGACGUAUGGCAGGUUUUAGCUGCUAUCAGUAUACACAAAGCUUUGGUAGCAUUCUGUCUUGGUCUUCAACUGUUCCAGGCAUAUACACGACGUUUCCGAACAGCUGCCAUUCUUGUCGCACUGUUUUCUAUUAUGUCCCCCAUCGGGAUAGGUCUUGGAAUUUUGGUGACGUCAGCUAAUAUAAAUGAAGCAGCACAAACUAUGACAGCAGCAGUGCUACAAGGAGUGGCGUCUGGAACAUUUUUAUAUGUGACUUUCUUCGAAAUAUUGAAAGAGGCUUUUACACACGGCCGUGGUAUAUGGAACAUAUUUAUUGCUGGUGUAGGAUUUGCCGCCAUGGCCGCUGUAAAACUUUUGGAUUCCGAUUAAAAGUGCCGUCGUAGUGUAAUUUAAAAUUGGCCAUUUUACAUACGCUGGACCUUUGUAACAAAGGUGGUUGACAUAUUUCUGUAGGUGAUAAAAAUAGCCAACCUGACAGGCAGCAUUCUCGUUCCAAGUCAAAUUUACUACAUGGGGUUAACACAAAUUACGUUACGAUAUUUGCAAAUUACAGUUACAGUUUUAACCAAUUUUCUAAAUACAGUCGUUAUUUUUAUCGAAUGGUGGAUAUUAAUACAACUGAGUGAACAUCUCUGGCAUGAAACAAAUAUAUGAAAUAGAUACUGAAUAGGUAGUGGAGUGGCAUCAGAUGUUUCAGAAAGAAUAAUCAUACUCUGUGUAGAACGCAAGACUCGCCAAUAUGUGCUAAUAAAACAUGGGUUUGAAACGAAACAAACAUCCGAAGCUAGCAACCUUUGUAAAGUAUUGGAUUAAAGCUGAACUCUCGGAAUAAUAAAAAAAAUUUUAUCGUAAAAACUUUCAUGUUUAAUGUCAUUUUUAAUCCAAAUGUCUUUGUAUAUAUAAAAUAAAUACAUUUUAUAAGUAUAGUUCUAUAUUGAUAAAUUAUACACAUACAUUAUAGCAUCUGAUGACGCUCGAUAAAGAGCAGAUAGCCAAUUUAUGAUUUGAUGUAUAUCAGAAUGAAGUAAAGUGGUUGAUAUUUUUAA